AAAGUCAAACCACAUCUGAACUUUUCUGAUUAUGUUUCACUUCAUGUUUCUGACCCCCCCCUCCCUCCUCCAUUUCCUGUUUAAAGUUUAGUUUCGUUUUCACCGAUCAUCGUGGCGCAGUUUGUUUUCUCCGUCUGAAGCAUGAGUGAUGAGGACAGAGAGGAGGGAGUCCCUCCCUCUAAAACCACUCUGUGUGGGGAACAUGAGAGCCAGACCAAAGCUCAGAGCCCAGAGCAGCAGAUACCACACUCUGCUGGACCUGGACCCGGACCUGGACCUGGACCCAGCUGUGUGUCCAUGAAGAGCAACAAGUCAAGAGAUCUUCCUCUUAAAUUCAAACAAUCUGUUGAUGGAAGUUUCAGGAUCCAGCAGCAGAGACCAGACUCUCCUGGACCCAGCUGUCUGUCUUUAAAGAGCGACAAGUCGAAGGACUUUGUUAUUAACUUUAAAGGGCGACGUCCAUCAGCUGAUCAGAUAGUGGACCAGGAGAGCUCAGAGGUUCCCAGUGGUCAGUCUGCCCAGCAGCAUCAAACACACCUGGACUCCAUAUUUAUGCUGCUGGAGGAGAACAUCGUCACUUUUGUGAAGAAGGAGCUGAAGAAGAUGCAGAAGGUUCUGAGUCCAGAUUACCCAGAAUGCUUAGAGAGUCAGAGGGAGGAUGAGGAGGUGUUGGACGGUGAGGAUGAAGAGCAGAGGAGGAGCAGCAGAGAGGAGUUUCUGAAGAUCACACUGAACUUCCUGAGGAGAAUGAAGCAGGAGGAGCUGGCUGACUGUCUGCAGAGCAAAUCUCCUGCUAUGUGCCAGCACAACCUUAAAUCUAACCUGAAGAAGAAGUUCCAGUGUUUGUUUGAGGGGAUCUCUAAAUCAGGAAACCCAACCCUUCUGAAUCAGAUCUACACAGAGCUCUACAUCACAGAGGGAGGGACUGGAGAGGUCAAUGAUGAACAUGAGGUCAGACAGAUGGAAACAACAUCCAGGAAACCAGACAGACCAGAAACAACCAUCAGACAAGAAGACAUCUUUAAAGCCUCACCUGGAAGAGAUGAACCAAUCAGAACAGUGAUGACAAAGGGAGUGGCUGGCAUUGGGAAAACAGUCUUAACACAGAAGUUCACUCUGGACUGGGCUGAAGACAAAGCCAACCAGGACAUACACUUCACAUUUCCAUUCACUUUCAGAGAGCUGAAUGUGCUGAAAGAGAAAAAGUUGAGCUUGGUGGAACUUGUUCAUCACUUCUUUACUGAAACCAAAGAAGCAGGAAUCUGCAGGUUUGAAGAGUUCCAGGUUGUGUUCAUCUUUGACGGUCUGGAUGAGUGUCGACUUCCUCUGGACUUCCACAACACUGAGAUCCUGACUGAUGUUACAGAGUCCACCUCAGUGGACGUGCUGCUGACAAACCUCAUCAGGGGGAAACUGCUUCCCUCUGCUCGCCUCUGGAUAACCACACGACCUGCAGCAGCCAAUCAGAUCCCUCCUGAGUGUGUUGACAUGGUGACAGAGGUCAGAGGGUUCACUGACCCACAGAAGGAGGAGUACUUCAGGAAGAGGUUCAGAGAUGAGGAUCAGGCCAGCAGGAUCAUCUCCCACAUCAAGACCUCACGAAGCCUCCACAUCAUGUGCCACAUCCCAGUCUUCUGCUGGAUCACUGCUACAGUUCUGGAGGAUGUGUUGAAAACCAGAGAGGGAGGAGAGCUGCCCAAGACCCUGACUCAGAUGUACAUCUACUUCCUGGUGGUUCAGUCCAAACUGAAGAACAUCAAGUAUGAUGGAGGAUCUGGGUCAGAUCCACACUGGAGUCCAGAGACCAGGAAGAUGAUUGAGUCUCUGGGAAAACUGGCUUUUGAUCAGCUGCAGAAAGGAAACCUGAUCUUCUAUGAAUCAGACCUGACAGAGUGUGGCAUCGAUAUCAGAGCAGCCUCAGUGUACUCAGGAGUGUUCACACAGAUCUUUAAAGAGGAGAGAGGACUGUACCAGGACAAGGUGUUCUGCUUCGUCCAUCUGAGUGUUCAGGAGUUUCUGGCUGCUCUUCAUGUCCAUCUGACCUUCAUCAAGUCUGGAGUCAAUCUGCUGUCAGAAGAACAACCAACCUCCCAGAAGUCUAAAAGAAGAAAAUAUGAAUCUGCAGAGACACAGUUCUACCAGAGAGCUGUGGACAAGGCCUUACAGAGUCCAAAUGGACACCUGGACCUGUUCCUCUGCUUCCUCCUGGGUCUUUCACUACAGACCAAUCAGAGUCUCCUACGAGGUCUGCUGACACAGACAGGAAGUGGUUCAGAGACCAAUCAGGAAACAGUCCAGUACAUCAAGAAGAAGGUUGAAGAGACUCCCUCUGCAGAGAAAAGCAUCAACCUGUUCCACUGUCUGAAUGAACUGAAUGAUCGUUCUCUGGUGGAGGAGAUCCAACAGUCCCUGAGUUCAGGACGUCUCUCCACAGAUAAACUGUCUCCUGCUCAAUGGUCAGCUCUGGGCUUCAUCUUACUGUCAUCAGAAAAAGAUCUGGACGUGUUUGACCUGAAGAAAUACUCUGCUUCAGAGGAGGCUCUUCUGAGGCUGCUGCCAGUGGUCAAAGCCUCUAACAAAGCUCUACUGAGUGGCUGUAACCUCUCAGAGAGAAGCUGGGAAGCUCUGUCCUCAGUUCUCAGCUCCCAGUCCUCUAGUCUGAGAGAGCUGGACCUGAGUAACAACAACCUGAAGGAUUCAGGACUGAAGACUCUGUCUGUUGGACUGGAGAGUCCACACUGUUCACUGGAGACUCUCAGACUGAGUGGCUGUAACCUCUCAGAGAGAAGCUGUGAAGCUCUGUCCUCAGUUCUCAGCUCCCAGUCUUCUAGUCUGAGAGAUCUGGACCUGAGUAACAACAUCCUGAAGGAUUCAGGAGUGAAUCUUCUGUCUGUUGGAUUGAAGAGUCCACACUGUUCACUGGACACUCUCAGUCUGUCAGGCUGUCUGAUCACAGAGGAAGGCUGUGCUUCUCUGGUCUCAGCUCUGAGAUCCAACCCCUCCCAUCUGAGAGAGCUGGACCUGAGCUACAAUCAUCCAGGAGACUCAGGAGUGAAGCUGCUGUCUGCUGGGCUGGGGGAUCCAGACUGGAGACUGGACACUCUCAGGGUGGAGCCUGGUGGAGUCCGAUGGUUGAGACCAGGUCUGAGGAAGUAUUCCUGUCAACUCACAUUUGACACAAACACAGUGCACAGAAAGGUCAAACUGUCUGACGACAACAGGAAGAUGAUACGUGUGGAGGAAGGUCACUCAUAUCCUGAUCAUCCAGACAGAUUUGAUCACUGGCCUCUGCUGCUGUGUAGAACUGGUCUGACUGGUCGCUGUUACUGGGAGGUCGAGUGGAGUGGAAUGGUUCAUGUAGCUGUGAGUUACAGAGGAAUCAGCAGGAAAGGAAACAGGAAUGACUAUAUGUUUGGAAAGAACGAUCAGUCCUGGAAUCUGUUCUGUUCUGAUGCUCAGGGUUACUCUGUUUGUCACAAUAAGAGAGAAACACAUAUCUCCCCCUCCUCCUCCUCUCUCUGUCACAGAGUAGCAGUGUAUGUGGACUGUCCUGCUGGCUCUCUGUCCUUCUAUACAGUCUCCUCUGACUCUCUGAUCCACCUCCACACCUUCAACACCACAUUCACUGAACCUCUGUAUCCUGGGUUUGCAGUCUGGUCUGGUUCUUCAGCGUCUCUGUGUUCAGUGUAGCAGAGUCUCCUCCUGUCAGAGAAAAUUAAAAUGUUCUCAUCAGGGUGGACGUGAAGCUCUGUAUGGCGAAUGUCCAUGUAUCCUUUAAGUUGUUGUGUCCACACCAGACUGUAAAGCCGUUAAGCUAAAGGGGCACCAACUGUGCAUGCUACUCUGCUGUGUAGCAAGUAGACUAGAAAGAAGUAUAAUAUGAACAAUUACACAUCCAUGGUGUCCGUUGCACAUACAUAUUGUAGUGUAACUGGACAUUGCACAUCAGAGCAUGUUCAUUUGUAGAAAUUUCCAUCACUUCUCUUAUGAUCAGUCGUCAUUGUAAGAACAGACAGUUUUCCGUUCUUACAUUCAAAUCAUCCACAUGAUGGCUUCAUCCUCCGCUCAGAGUAAAAUCUGUUCUCAGUCCCCCUUGGGCAGUCAGACCAUAGUGUGAUCCUUCUCAUCCCUGUUUACCAUCAGAAGUUGAAAGCUGUCAAACCAAAGACUGAAGUAGUAAAACAAUGGUCUGCCCAAGGAAUGGGUAGCCUAAGGGAUUAUCUGGACAAUACUGAUCAGUCUGUAUUGACAGAAAAUCAUGUCAAUGUAUUGAUGUAGUAACCUCUUACAUUAGCUUCUCUGAAAAUGUGUAUGUUCCAUCUAAGCCUGUGAUUAUAUUUAUUAUUAUAUUAUAUAUUCACUGAUUGUUAAACAUGUGUUUCCAAUAAACCAUCAGUCGGA